CUGGGCAGCUGGUGGGAAGCAUGAACAGCUCACAGGUGGGAGCUGCGGCCAAGGCUGCCUGGCUGAGCUGCUGCAACCAAUCUGGGUUGCCACUCCGACCCCCGGAGGGGCCACGCAUGGUGCAGGCAGUAGUGUUAGGCGUCCUGUCGCUUCUGGUGCUCUGUGGGAUCCUGUUCCUGGGUGGUGGACUCCUCCUCCGUGCUCAGGGCCUGAUAGCCCUGCUGGCUCGAGAAAGGCAUUCAUCCCCUGAGGCUGAGCCUGGUGCCUGUGGAGGAGAUGAAGACUCUUAGAUUCUGCCCCUUCUGUACCCUGCAGUCCAGAGCUCGUCCUCUGGGGCACAGCAGAAGGUUCAGCCCACAAGCUCUUGUUUUCUGCACAGGUGCUGGACCUCUCCCCUCACCUCCCGCCCACCCGCACCCCAUUUGUGCUGAACAUGAUUGACUGAAGACACCGGACAGACUGUUGACUCCUCAUCCUGGGACCCUGGCACUCAGCUGCCUCCAAGCUGCUCCGAUGCUCCUGGGGUGAGUGCAGGAGCCCCGUUCUCAGAAUAAGCGAGUCUGCCAUAUGCCAUGGGCACUGGCUUUAUACCCCGACUGCGUGGACACUAGUGUGCCCUCUGCGGA